GCGCGGCCGGGCUGGCAGCCGCAGGUGGGGCUGCUCACGGCGACGGACCUAGCCCGGGAGCCCCGGAGCCCCGGAGCCCCGCAGCCCCGCAGCCCCGCGGAGAGUGCCCAGGAUGCCCCGCGGGGACUCCGAGCAGGUGCGCUACUGCGCGCGCCUCUCCUACCUCUGGCUCAAGUUCUCGCUGGUCAUCUACUCCACGGUGUUCUGGGUGACAAAUGAGGCCCAAAGAGGAGACGGGACAUGGCCGGGAGCACUGAGCUGGUAACGAAGGCCCAGAAUGCCAGCCCGCAUCUCUUGUCUCUCCUCUGCUGUUCCCUCUGCGCAGGAGGCAAGCUGCUGAUCGGAGCCUUGGUCCUGUCAGUGGGGAUCUACGCAGAGGUGGAACGACAGAAAUAUAAGACCCUUGAAAGCGCCUUUCUGGCCCCGGCCAUCAUCCUUAUCCUCCUGGGGGUCAUCAUGUUCAUUGUCUCCUUCAUUGGCGUGCUGGCUUCCCUCCGUGACAACCUGUGCCUUCUCCAAGCGUUUAUGUACAUCCUUGGGAUUUGCCUCAUAAUUGAGCUCAUCGGUGGCGUGGUGGCCUUGAUCUUCCGGAACCAGACCAUCGACUUUCUGAAUGACAACAUUCGAAGAGGAAUCGAGAACUACUAUGACGAUCUGGACUUCAAAAACAUCAUGGACUUUGUUCAGAAGGAGUUCAAGUGCUGUGGCGGGGAAGACUACCGGGAUUGGAGCAAAAACCAGUACCACGACUGCAGCGCCCCUGGACCGCUGGCCUGUGGGGUGCCCUACACCUGCUGCGUCAGAAACACGACGGAAGUGGUCAACACCAUGUGCGGCUACAGAACUAUUGACAAGGAGCGCCUCAGCGUGCAGGAUGUCAUCUAUGUGCGGGGCUGCACCAACGCUGUGCUCAUCUGGUUCAUGGACAACUACACCAUCAUGGCGGGCCUCCUGCUGGGCAUCCUGCUCCCCCAGUUCCUGGGGGUGCUGCUGACAUUCCUGUACAUCACCCGGGUGGAGGACAUCAUCAUGGAGCACUCUGUCACUGACGGACUCUUGGGGCCCGGCGCCAAGCCCAGCGUGGAGGCAGCAGGCACAGGGUGCUGCAUGUGUUACCCCAAUUAGCGCCCCCGUCUGGACCGUGCCGGGAGCGCACCGCUCAGGCCACUGCACGGUGGCUGCACAGGACUGCGGAUCCUCUCCCCACACUUGGCACUGACCAAAACCCUGGCUGUGUUUGCUCUGGUGGCCUGUCCAGGCCUCCCUCGGCCACCGUCCCUCUGGGGAGCGGAGCCCCUCCCCAGCUCUGGGGUCCUGUGCCUGCCCACCCUCCUCAGCGUGGGGAACAAGGGCGCCCCUUCUCUAGGCCCGCGCCGCCGCGGAAGGGGGUGCUCAGGGCUCAGCUCAGGGCCCAUUUCAUUUCUGGCAAUGCCAUGGCCUGUGGUGUUUAUGCCCCUUUGAGGGCAAUUUUGUAGUAAUUCGUAAGCGAGGACGGAGGAGACCGUGUGUGCCUUGUGGGGGCUGGGGUGUGUAGCCCCCACGGCCCCGGAGUCCCUCAGCCACGCCCCAGAGGCCAGAUUGGGCUCAUUUCACAGCCUCAAGGGACCUUGAGCCCUCGCCAAGGCUGCUGCUUUGCUGACCCCGUUUUCUACGUGAUUUUGUAACAUUCAUUUUGUACACGGUUAACAGGAGUUUCUGACUAAUCAAAGCUGGGUGUUUACCCACACACCCCAUUCUUGCCCUUCCAAGCCAGUUUAUUAAUCAAACAAUAAAGAUGUGAUUUUUUUAAAAAAUUUUUU